CUCCUUUUUGUGCAAGGGCUAUGGCACACGUGCCACUUGUUUUGGAACGUCGGAUCUCUGGGCCCCUCCCCCCUUUUUUCAUAUCUGCCCGUCGCUCCUGCUCCUGCUCCCCGCGGGGCCCGAACAGCGCGCCGCCCGCCGGGCCAUGGACAAGGCCGCCCUCGGGCUGACCCUGCUGCGGGGGCACCGAGAGCGCCCGCCUCUGCCCCGGGAGCGGGAGCUGCUCCGGCUCUGCAACGAGUUCGCGGGCGGGCAGGUGCCGGAUGCGUUCCCGGGGGCUCAGCCAACAUCGCUCACGCGCCAGAAGGCGGACGAGCGGCUGCUGCGAGAGGCCUACCUCGUCUGCGAGAAGACGGACGGCGAGCGGCACCUGCUCCUGGCGCACGAGGGCCACACGUUCCUCAUCGACCGGCUCUCCCGCUUCUGGCUGUGCCAGCUGCAGCUGCCGCUGCCGUCGGGCCACCCGAGGGCCCCCGGGUGGCACCACAACACGUUGCUGGACGGCGAGCUCGUGGUUGACCAGGUGCCAGGCACCGCCGACCGCCUCCGGUGCUCGAAGGAGAGGAGGAAAUUCUGCAGAAGCAGAAACUGUUGUUUGAGGUCCGCGCGGACCUUCGAUGGUUUACGCUUUUGUGCCGUGCGUUGCUGUCCUUCGGCCAGGUACCUGGUCUACGACGCCGUCCGCAUCUGCGACGAGGACGUGUCGCACCGGACCCUGCUGCACAGGCUCCGCCGCGCGCUCCAGGACGUGGCGCUGCCAAAGGAGCGGAUGAUGGCGGGAGGCGGGCGGCGCGAUCCCGUGCAGCUGCUGGUGAAAGACUUCUUCGAGAUCUGGCAGAUGCAGGACGUGAUGGGGCUGUCGAAGCACUUCCCGCACAAGGUCGACGGCCUUGUGUUUACGCCCGUCCAGGUGCCGUACGUGACUGGCUCAUGCCCAUCGCUGUUCAAGUGGAAACCCGCUUCUCUCAACACGGUCGACUUCAAGCUGCGGCUCAUCAAGGGCGGGGGCCAGAGCGUGCACGUGAAGCUCCUCGUUGGCAUCAAGAAAGGAGGAGACUGGGAAAUCCAGUUUUGUGGUCACUGGCUUGCCAAGAGUGGUGAGCUCUUCAAGGAGCUGAAGAGCAACCCAGACGCCUUCGACGGCGUAAUCGGGGAGUGCGUGUGGCAGAAAGAGGCAAAGACGUUUACGCCUGGGAACAACAACGUUUACACGUCGGACGGCGCUUGGGAGGACGGGGGCUGGGUGCUUCAGCGACUCCGCGAAGACAAGAAGCUGCCAAACGACCUGCGAACUGCAAAGCGCGUGGUAGAGUCCAUCGAGGACGACCUCUCGUUCGAAGCACUGAACGACAAGGUGAUGGCAGCCCACAGGGAAGGGAAGCUCACGCCCGCCUCGACCUGCGGGGAGGGCGGGCUGCCCCGUGCCCCAGUGCAGCCAAUGACUCUGCAGUGGGGCAAGGCCAGGGAACGCCCUGAGCAGAGGAUCGGCCGAGGCGUCUGCAAGUAUUACCUCAUCUUCUUCUUCAAUCAACGGCACCUGCUUCCACGGCACCAGGUGCAAGUUCCUGCACGAGGCCCCAGCGGGCUCGACGGAGCCCCCCUCGGGGGAAGGCGGCGCGGGAGCUGGAGGCGAGGCCCGCAGCGGUCGUCCCCCAGAUGGCGGCAAGGGUAAGGGCAAGGCGAAGAAGGGGCGAGGGCGUGGACGCGGGCGAAGAGACACCAGCGAGGGCGGCGCCGUCGCAUCGCCGGAUCAUGGCGCCCGGGAGGGCGCGGCCGCAGAGCCCCCGCGGGAGGGCGGCAAAGGCCGGGGCCGGGGCCGGGGCCGGGGCCGGGGCCAGGGCCAGUGCGUGGCCGACCACGCGCGUGGCGCGGCCGCGGACGCCGAGCUGGCAGCGUGGAGCGCCAUGGUGGAGGCCAACGAGGGCGGCCCUGCGCCGGAGGCGGCCGCGGACGCCGAACUGGCGGCGCGGGUUGCCGUGGUGGAGGCCAAGGGCUGCCCGGCGCCAGUAGCGACGGUCGCGCCGCCCGCCGCGGCCGCGCGGCCUACCAGGGCCCCCGCGCCGCGCAGGC